UCUCGCGAUUCGUCUUCCGCACUUUUGACAGGGUUUGUUUUGGCCAUAUCCCGAAGUGACCACCUUUUUUCUAAGGUUAAGGUUAGGGUAAGGGUGAGGGUUUGUCUAUAUUACGUUACAUUUUUUUUUCCAGACGAAACGCGGUAAAUUACUUGCAGGAGAAACUGGUUUUAAAUAGUCGCAGAUCGGACUAUCAUAUCUCCGCCUCCUUAACCUUCAUCACGUGGUACUGGGUCACCCACUUUCCCAAAGCGCGUCUCCUCUUACAAGCAUGGCUGCGGCUUCAACUCCUGCAGGACACGAUCAGUCAAGCGACCCGACCCGAACAGGGGCGUUUGAUUUGAUCAGACCCCCCGUGAUUGAGGGGUUCACGCCUCCGCCGAGGUCCAAGGAAGAAGGAUUUAACGACAAGUUUAUCAGGAAGACGAAAGAAAACCCUUUCGUGCCGAUAGGUUGCUUUGGCACGGCGUGCGCCCUCACUUACGGACUCAUCGCCUUCAGGCGCGGCAAGACCCGGCAGUCCCAGAUGAUGAUGCGAGCCCGUAUUUUCGCUCAGGGAUUCACAGUGUUCGCUCUCCUGUUUGGUGUGGCUUCGACUGCCUUGAAACCCAAACAGUGAAUGGGGGGACCGAGUCACGAUGGAGGAGUGAAGAAGGGUGCCUCCUUCUGGCUGACAAUUCAUGUGUGAGGAAAGCAUAGUUGUGGAGGGGAACAACCCUAUGGUUUCAUUUAGUUUUUUGGUUGACACUUUUUUUUUUUAAACUAAAGGGAGUGUUUGAUUUGUUAAUGCACAAAACUAGUUUUCUUAAUGAGUGUAACAGAGCAAAAAUAUGACUGUCUCAGAGAUUGAAACCACCUUUUAAAAGUAAACCAUAUCUCCUUGGAUUGCCAGUGCGGAUUGCUAACAAGGUGUGUUCAGUAGUCUUUCAGGGUCAGGUAUCAAGGGAAGGCAAAUGUUAGAAUCCUCAUUUCCCUCAGAUACUGACCCUGGUGUCCCUCUAUAUACAACAAGCUAUUGAAUGCAACUGAUACAGUAGUCAUAAUAUUUCAGCUUCAGUCUGCUGUCCAUUUAGCAGUCUCUUUAAUUUGGCAGGUGUUGUUACACAGGUAGAAUAAAUCUGUUGUACUGUUUUAAGGUAUACAUUUGCAAGGUAAAAAUCAUUGUUUUAAAGCAUUUAAACAAAUUGCAUUAAUGGCGUCACACUGGCAGUGUUUUGCUGGCAGUGUCAAAAUAGAUAUUGUGCCAAAAAAGGAUUUGUUCCAAGGUAACAGAACUUGUGUAUAAACCAGCAUACCUAGCAGCCACCACAACCACAUUCCCCUUAAAAUUGAAGUCAUUCAUAAAUUGUAUUGAUGGUCACUUGGAUGUCAGUUUUACAGAAUACUUGCACCCAGGUCACCAUUAUGUUUGCUGUGGCCUUUUUAUUUUAGGGAGUGAUGAUUGUUACAGCACCUUAUUGUAACUCAUCUGUGUACAAAGAUGUCUAUUAAAACAUAAAGCGUG